GAAACUGAAUCACCGUGAUUUAGUAGUAAGGAGUGGUCACACAAAAGCAGAGAGCGGGAGAGAGGGAAAAGGUCGUGGAAAUAUUGCAAACUUCUGGUUUAGUGUUGUUAGCUUCUUAUCGUGCUCGGGUGUAUAUUUUUUUUUUUUUUGAGGGUUUACCGAUCGUACCGAUCGUUCCAGUCUGUGUCUGUGUGUUCUUUCUGAAAGGAAAUUACAGUAACAACAACAGCGGCAAAAGAGAACGGUACAUUAAGGAAGGAGGAACGGUAAACCUUCCUAGUGACACGAACACGAUCAGUGUAGUGCCCGCAAGCAGUAGUGAACUCCGCGCGGUUUGAAAAAGGUGAUUUGGUUUGCGUUUGCGCGAAGGAAACAUAGUAAAAGCAGUAGCUCCAUUUGUUGGUAACAAUCCCACGUGGCAAAGAUGAGGAUAACUGGCAAGGUGUGUCUGCUGUGUCUGGCGGUGCUGGUGUUGACGUUGUCGACCGUAUUUGCCAGCCCACUGGACGAGAGUGCCCGAGCGGCGCUGUUCCGCCGUACGCGCCUUGGUGGUCCCAAAGUCUAUAAGCAUGAGGACCAGAGCCGCCCUGGUGUACCGGUCGCGGACAACCUGGACAAGGCACCGGCGGAAGAGCGCAAGCUACAGUCGAAGGAACUGUCCGACGAGGAAACAAGCACGGGGGCGGCGGCGGUGGCACCUGUCACAUCCGCACCAAUUCCGGCCAAGGGAGGUCUUAAUAGGUUGUUUGCGCGCAAAAAGUAUAGCCCACUGCUGAGAGAUGCUUCCAAGGGCGUGACCACGACGGAGUCAUCUUCCAGCUCGUCGGUAACGACCAGCGCAGCCGUUACCACCGAGAGUGAGGAUGGCGUGACGUCCUCCGGUACUACGCGCCGUACGAGACCGACGCGUCCGGGAAAGUUGCCUCGUUCGACCUCACCGAAGCCAACCGUGUCCGUGAAGCCGACGAAGAUAUCAUCCCGCUUUUCGAAACCCACGGUAGAACCCACCGAAAGUACGGUGGCUAGCGUAACGUCCCGUACAACACGCGGUCGUCGCACACGUCCAUCGAAGCCUUCGAAGUUGGGAAGCACGACGACAACAACGGAGGAACCGACGACUACCACAACGACGACAACGACCACAACCACUACUCCUGCACCCACAACGACGACCACAACAACGACGACGACGACAACUACUACUGUAGCUCCUAGUACUUCUUCUAGCACAUCUUCUGUCCCGACAGCUGCCUCCGAAGCUUUGUUGCCCGGAGCGGAAGCCAUCGUUCCGAAAGGAUCAGCACAAUCGGACGAUGCGGAAAGUUCACCCAGUUCGGCUGCUUCCACAGGAACGGCGAGCACGACGACGACGACAACAACAACCACCCCCACAGCGGCACCAUCUUCCGGCACGCCUUCGUCAACAACAGCCGCACCAGCUGCCACGAAAGAUGCUACCGAAGUUGAAGCCACCAACCCUGUCAAAAGUGCACCAAAACCCGAACGGAUUAUCCCGGUGGUUGAGCGGCAGGAUGAGCUAACCGAAAACGAAAGUCUGCUACAGUCGGCCGGUUACGAUUCAUCUGCCGAAGAGGAGCAGUAGUAACGGAACGCCGCCGGGGGGGACGACCAGCAGUCCACCAGACAAAAGGCGUUACGUUGAGUGCGUGUGUGUUUGUGUGAUAAGGAUGUGAGAGAAUAUAACAUUUGUUUACUAUUACCUGCAUACUCGUUCCGCUUACUUCCAGGGCGGAGGUAUUUUAUUUCACUUGUGUGGCACUUUCCCGACGGGAGGGCCAUUUCGUCCUGGAAGCGCUAGACAUUCUUCGGCAGCAUUCGACCUUUGGUUAGCGAAUGUUGGGCGAAUGAAAUAAAGAUUAGGUAAACCACUGUAAA